CCACCAUGUUCACUAUCUCCAUCUCCACCGCCAGUGAGUUGGGCUCCUACAAGUGCAAAGCCCAAAUCUCAAGUCUCAACUGUACAAAAUACAGUAACUUACUCAACUUCACCUUUGUAGGUGACGCCACGUGUCCUCUCUGCCUGAAGCUCUUGCUUCCCGCCGUGCUGCUGGCGCUCCUGGCCGUGAUCCUGACCCUGGCGUUCUGGAUCCUACGCAAGCACAAAGCACGGAAAGCUAUGAAAGAAAAUGCUCUGAGGGUCCGUGGAGACAAACCAGAGGAAAAUGUGAUCUACACGACUGUCAAGAAAAAGCAGGCAGAGGCAGGAUCUGGGCCAGGCUCGGGACCGAGGCCGUGUGUGGCUGCAGCUGAAGAAGAGACUGGACACGCCCAGGAGAUACACUACGCCUCCCCCCUGUUCCUGGACGAGGCAUCAGGAGGCCAUGAUGGUGACCCUCGUGAGACUGACCAUGUCUAUUGUAAACUCAUCUUGUAGAAGCUAAGGAUACAGAUGACAUCUCAGGGCAAGAUGCUUUUCGAAAAACAGUCUUACGUGAAGAAAAAAGCAAACGUGAUUGGCAAACCUCUCUUGGGAGCGCCUGCAGUGAAGCACUCAUCCGUGUUCCACUCCGUUCUUCAGGCCCACUGGGGUUUGCCCAGUCCUGUCAUCAGCCCACAGGCUGGGCGGGAGGGGUCCUGACUGGUGGGCUGUGCUUUCGAUCACGCUUUUGCUAUUUUUAGGCAGGGGUAAUUCUUCCCAGGCCCACAGCUCUCUUUUGGUUUGGUUUUGUUGUCUCUCUUCAUGGUGCUGGGGGUCACUCCUGGUUCAGUGCUUCAAGGUUGCUUCCAAGUGGUGCUCAGAGUACCGCGUGGAGCUAAGAUUAGACCCGAGACUCUCACAUGCAAAGCAAGCGUUCAGUCCUUUGAGUUACUGCUCUGGCCAAAUAGGCACAUCAUUUAAAAUGAAUGAUUGUGGGGGCUGGAGAGAGAGCACUGGGGGAAGGCACUUGGCUUGCACAUGCUGGGAGAGAGCACUGGGGGAAGGCACUUGAC